AAUACAUUCAGUCUACUAAGACUCGUUGCAUGUAAUGUGGAUUAAACUUCAAUAUGAUCCAACAGAGAAGAAAAAUAAUAUCUGUUGUGGUAGUUUUGGAGUAUUUAAUCGCCUUUCUGUUGACCCUUCAACCUGCUGCAUCGCAAGGUGACGAUGAUGCAAUUAACCUCACACGACCAGUAGAACCCCAAUGUGACGACAUAGCCAUAAUUGGUGCAGGAAUAGCAGGGACGUAUGCUGCAUGGCGGUUGAGACAUCAAAAUAAACGAAUAUCUAUAUACGAGUUCUCAGACCGGGUAGGAGGAAGAAUGUACACAGUACAGUUCCCAAAUACGCCAGAUAUUAAUGUUGAAUUGGGGGCUAUGAGAUUCUACCGUGAAGCACAUUCAUUGCUUUUUGAAACCAUACAGCAGUUAGGGCUACCGAUUAAAAGAUUCGAAUUAGGCUCUGGGCCAUCACCAGACACCACUGUCAAUGUGCGGGGAGUCCACUUGCGUUACAGCGAAUUAGGCGGCAAUAAAACACCAUACAGACUACAACCCAACGAGCAGAAAACAGUUAGUCAACUAAACUGGGAGUUGAUUAGGAAUAACACCGAUGUGUUAACAACAAAUGUUCCAGAAGCUGCUAAAAAGUUUUAUGUCAAAGAUAGAAGUGGAGUGUAUAUGUAUAAGCAAAGUGUCAAGUCUUUUUUUCAUAAAUAUUUAAGCGCCGAGGCACAGCAUUACAUCAGAGAGACUGACGGUUUUUCUUCAUUACUAAACGAAAUCAGUGCAUCAACGGCAGUUCAAACCUCUCCGCCAUCUAAUUCUAGUGAUGAAGUUUUAACUGUGUCGACAGGAAUGGCCUCAAUACCAAUAAAAUUACUUAAGGAAUUUCUACGUGCAAGUAUAAGGCAUUCUCUCAAGCUGAAUCACGACCUUCAAGCUAUUAGAAAAAGACAAGAUGGAUAUUACAGCCUAUUUUUUCAACCUACAAUCACUAGAAGCAGUACCACUUGGGCCCCAAAGCCUGAAACGUUUACGAUGGAGUGUGCUAAAAAAGUGAUACUGGCAACCAAUAGAUAUUCACUAGAAAAACUUGACUGGGAGGGUCUUCAACAACCGCGUAUUAGAGAAUAUAUAACAAAAGCAGUUAAAGAUAUUCCCGCAGCAAAGCUUUAUUUCAGUUAUGAUUAUCCCUGGUGGAGAACAUCCCCGGUUUAUUCUGACUAUAUGAUUUCAGACAGUCCAUUAAGGCAAACGUACGAUUUUGGUACCUCCAAAUCAAACCCUCAGAAAUCUGUACUACAAGCUAUGUACACGGAUAGUGAUAUACCUUACUGGGAUGAAAUAUUUACCAGAGGGUAUGUGAAUGAACCUCAUGGCCACUUUGUAUUAAUGGGAAAAGAAUUUGAACAGGUUGCACAUAAAUAUUUGGCUAAUAUAUAUAAAAUACCUGUUGAAAACAUACCUCAGCCAACCAAAGCAGCUGCAUAUCUAUGGGAGAAUUAUCCGUACGGUGGCGCCUGGCAGAUUUGGAUGCCGGGAUAUAUAUGGCCGGUGGUUGAAAGGCAAAUGACAAAACCGUCGGCAAAUGAUGAUGUCUUUGUGGUUUCAAACGCUUUUAAUGCGCGUUCUUUCUCAUAUUGGUCUAACGCAGCGCUAGAGGCAGUUGAACUUGCUAUGCCAUAUUUUGGAUUAAAACCAAAAUAGACU